AUGCAACGACGAAAGGACGUUGGGAUCAACUUCUCAAAGAAACGUCUAUCAUCCGGGAACAUGUUGAAGCACAUGUUAAAGUAUCUUUCUAAUCAACAAUUUAUAACAGGUGAUGUGAAGUCCUUUGUGUUUCAAGAAAACGGGUUGAAGGAUGUCUGUGUCUUUUCAAUGUUCAGUAAUUUACAAGAAAUAGAUUUGAGCAACAACCAGUUUUGCUCUGUUCCUCGCAACUUAACGACAAUCACACAACUGAAGAGUCUUAACUUAUCGCAGAAUAAAAUAGUAGAUGGCUUAGAAUGUCUCAGUUCGUUGGUACAACUUACUUCUUUGGACUUGUCGAACAACUUAAUUGAAGAGUUUGACUUCACAAUGUUUACGCAACUUACGAAUGUCAAAGUGUUCAAAAUAGCAAAUAACAGGCUGAAACAGUUUGACUAUAACACACUCACACCACUCAAGUCGCUCUCGGAGUUUGUGAUAAACACAAAUUACAUCGACGCGCCAAUGUAUCGCGAUAUGACACAAUGCCUCCUCUUCCCUUCUCCCUAUUUCCAGAUUACUCCAAGUCAAGUCAAUGAAAAAAUAUAUCUCGGGUCUUUGGACUCGACUCGCGAAAGAGAUGUUUUACUCGCGCGAAACAUCUCGGGCAUACUUUCUUUAGGUGUUAAGGCAAUCGUUGUGUCAAAGAAGAUCAAAGUCGAAUUUAUCCCCAUCGACGACGACCCCUGUGCAUCCAUCGACCAGACCUUCCCAAGGUGUUUCAACUUCAUUGACGCAAUAUUUGAAGACGGAGGAGCUGUGCUUAUUCAUUGCCACGCAGGGAUAUCGAGAUCAAGCACAGUACUUAUUGCGUAUUUGAUGUUCAAGAACAUGUGGACGUACAGACAAGCUCUCACUUUUGUCAAGAGCAAACGGCCGAUCAUCUGCCCAAACUCCGGGUUUGAGAGACAACUUUUGUGUUUAGAGAAUAAGAUGUUUAAUGUGAAGAACGAAGAAGACUCCGAUGAGGAUACGACUGAGUCUUCUUCAAAAGAAGAGUAA